GCGCAACAUAACCAUAUAAAAACAUAACCUCACAUUCCCAUAAGUUAAAACGUAUGAAUCUGUCAAAACACACUGCAAAGGGAAAUCGUCGAUGAUGGAAUGCAUUGUGCCUGAUUGCAAGAAUCCAGCGGAAAUUACGCUAACGAAAGACCUUGAAACACGCGAGAAAUGGAUGAAAGAAUAUCAGGUCGAAAAUUUGUCGUCCGACCAGGAUUAUUGGAUCUGCAAAGGCCAUUUUGUCGACGAAAGUGAAACAGUUCAAAAUGUAAUGGAACCUAAUAUAAUUGAGCCCAAUGAAGUUUCUACAUGCAGGAUUUGUAAUGUAAACGAAACGGCUGGGGUACAUAUGUUUAACGAUGAAAUUGACGGAGAAAAAAUCGUUAAUGUGGCUAAUAAAUGUUUUUAUCCUUUUGAGGUAAUCAUUGAGGAUGAGAAGUCGAAUUACAUCUGCUUAAAUUGUUUUGGGAGUUUGGAGAGUUAUAGCAGGUUUAAAGAAAUGUUUUAUAGUAAAAAUUGUAUCAAAUUGGAAGAUUUAAAAAUUGAGAAAAAUGAUGUUGUUAAUAGUAGGAAGAGGAGGAAUGUGGGGGAUAUAGAAAAACAGUUGGAGGAGAUGGAGAAUGGUCUACAGGAGAGUGAUACAGACGUGGAUACAGACGCAUCAUACGAUUCGGAUAUGGAGUACACUAUAAUAAGAACAAAUGGAAACGUUGAGGAAGAGAAAAUGGAAACAAAGACUGACAUAGACAUAAAAUUCGAAAUGGUCGAAGAGGAACUUCGCAGAGUUCUCGAAGGUCAACUUUCCGAGGAGCAAAUUCAAGCGGAAAACAUAAUAAUUGCGGUGGAAGCCGACGAGGAUACAAACACCACUAAAACGUCCAUAACCGAAAUGAAACUGCCGAUUGUCAUAAAACCGUUGGGCAAAUAUAGGAGCGUCGUACAGGGGAACAAAAAAAUUCAGCCCGUGUCGCGGAAAAAACAGAAAAUAUCGUGCCGGGAGGGUCAGGUGACUCUCCCGAAAGGUAUCAGCGUGAAACUCCCGGAAAAGUACGAAUCGGACACGGGAGUGUUCGAGGCGAUACCGCGCAUCUACAUAUUCCAGUCGGAGUUCUGCAUGGUGGACGAUUACCUUUACGAGUACCGUCUGUGCAAAGGCGCCUUUAGGUACAUGCGGUGCCUGAACCAGUCGUGCCAAUCGAUGGCGGUGCAGAAGAAAAUUACGAGCGCGAGUUUCGAGAAUUACGUGAGCGUCGAGAUCGCGCACAAUCACGCGAAACCUAGCGAAAAGGAAAUGAAAAAGUUGAUGUUUUACAACGUCAUGAAAAGGAUGGUGCAGAAUGACAAGACCAUGAACUUCAAGAGCGUUUAUGAGGAGGUUUGCCAGGACGACCCUGAAAUAAGGACGUUGGUGCCGCUGCGCAACGUGAUCAACGAAAUCUGCCGGCACCAGCUGAGCCAGAAGCCGCCGAAGAUAUUCACGUUCGACCAGUUCUACGACACUAUAGAACACGACGUGUUCAAGAAGCUGCACUUCACGCACAGCGGCAAGCAGUUCUACCAGGAGAAGUUCGAGAGCGAGGACGGCGACAAGGCCGUCGUCUUCGCCAACUGCGACAUCGUCGACGAGGUUUGCGGCUCGAAGCUGAUGUACGUGGACGCCAGCUUCAGGAUCGACAGCGUCGACAGCUUCGACUACCAGCUGGUCACCACGCUGGUGUGGGUGGAAAGCAGCUACUACCCGAUAAUGUACGCGCUGGUCAGCAAAAACACUCAGGAAAUCUACAAGAAGGUCAUGGAGUACCUCCACGACUUUCUGGCUCCGGACUUGCGUCCUGACGAAAUCGUAACCGAUUACGAAUCGAACUUGUACUACGCGCUGGGAGAGACCUACUUGGACUCGCACAUAGGGGGUUCGGUUUUCUACUACACCCAAAACUUGUACAAGAAGAUAUGCAACCUGAAUCUCGCCCGAGAUUUAGAGAGCAACAGUUACUUCAGGAACAUUUAUCACAUGCUUUUGAUGCUGCCUUUGCUGCCUGUAAACACUAUAGUGGACGGUUUAAACAACAUCGAGAUCCAGGCGAGAGAUUUGGGGUUGAGUGAGGUGACGACGUCGCUGUUCGAGUACGUGCGGUCGCAGUGGAUCGCCAAGGUGACCCCUGAUUUGUUCUGCGUGCACAGGUUGGAGAACCGCAUCAACGAGAACGUGAUCGCGCCGUUUAAGAAGCUGCGCGACUUUCUGAUGCUCACCAAAGGCAAAGCGGCCAAGGACAGCAACACUAUAGUGGGCGUGGUGGAGAAGCUGAUAGAGCUGGAGUCGUUUCUGCAGCAGACGUACGCCGCGCCGAACAAGAGGGCGUUCGCGAGGGAUUUGUCCAGCUCGCAGAAGAAGAACGUGCUGAAAGCGUGGCAGUUCAUAGAGUCGCACCCGAAGAUCAACAUCAACCACUUCUUUACCAAGGUGCUGGGGUACAUAAAGUGCAUGGAGAACCAGCUGUGGAUCUGGGGGUUCUACCGGUACAAGGGCGAGGUCGUCGACGACCUCAUAAACGCGGCUAACUUCUUGAUAGUCAGCAACGACGUGGAGGAGUCGCAGAAGAGUGUGCUCGAGGGGGACGAGGGGGAGUACGUCGAGGGGGGGGAGUCUGUGGUCAUGGAGGCUGUCAUCGAUGAAAACGGGGGGUUCGUUCUCCAAGGGGAGGGGGCCGAGCAGGGACCCUUCGAGAACGCGUUUUUAAAGUAUGUUUACGAGAAGUGAUCUUUGUUAUUUUUUUU